AUGACUUCCAACCUGGAGUUCCUCUUCUCAAGAUCCAAGACGGGAGGUGGUCACUCGCUCAUUAUCAACACCGUCUCCGCCCUAUCCCGUAUGUUGGACAGGGAGAACCUUUGCCUAGCAGAAUACGACACGACUCCCAGCUUCCUUAUCAAAGCGGUGGAAUCCAUCGUGAGGGAGUUUGUCGGUACAAUUGACCUAGGGCAUCUGAGGUUGGCAUCAUCAUCCCUACCGGCCAAGUUUGCCAACUGCCUGACUGCCCCUUCCUUCCCCGCCUUCCUCGCCCUCCUGCUCUACACCCCCCCAAUCCAUCCUCCUCUCGGCGCCGGUCUACCCUCGCCUCCUGCGGCGCGCCUUGGCAGUGUACCAUCUCGCGUGCGUCUCCGACUCGGGCGUGAUCAAGGGGUGCUGGACUGGCCUUGGAGCUGGCUCGUCGCUGGCGGGCCGGUUGGGCAGUGGGUAGGGGGCAUGGUGUUGAGGUGGAUGGAGUUGGAUUGGAUGGGCGUUGGCGUUGGUGGGCCUGGGAUCAAGAGGCUGGGAGUGGGGGUGAUGAGGCUAGCAUACUGGACGCUACAGGCCAUCAAGAAAGGCGACCUCAAUAUCGACAUUGAACGAAACCCGGGAGGCUCUGCCAAGAGGGUUAAUUAUUAA